AUGGUUUCUUACGCAGAAAUAAAAGCUUCUAACGCUCGAAUAAAUGAUGCCACGGCCCCACGCGUCGCCAUCUUCGUUGGCGGUACAUCAGGCAUUGGCAAAUACACGGUCAAGGCCCUAGUCGCUACGGGUGCUAGCAUGAGAAUCUACCUGGUGGGACGCAAGAGUUCCGAGGUGCGCAUGUAUAUAUUCAUCCAGGAUUUGCAAGCCAUCAAUCCCAAGGCUGAGAUCAUUUGGACGGAAGGCGAAGUUUCGCUUCUAGCGGAAACAAAGAGAGUCUGUGAGCUUAUCAAGAAUAAGGAGCCACGCGUCGACUUGCUGUUCCUUACCGCGGGCUAUGCACCAUUCGGCACACGCAAGGAGACCGUUGAGGGCCUGGAAGUCGCUCAAAGCCUGGAGUACUACUCGAGAAUGCUCCUCGUUCAACAUCUUCUUCCCCUCCUAGCCGAAUCAGGAGCCCCAAGAGUCGUCAGCGUUUUGGCAGGAGGCUUGGAGAAGGCGACUAUGAAUCUCGACGACCUAGAUCUGAAAAUGCCUGGAAACUUUGGUGGCAUCGCUGCCCAGACGCAAUACGCGAAUAUGAACACGCUCACUUUGGAAAAGCUGGCCAACGACAAUCCUGGUGUGACGUUCGUUCACUCCUGGCCCGGAGCGGUCAAUACGGGUAACAUGAGAAGGGGUUGGGACAAGAAUUCGAUCAUGGCAUGGGUCGUCUGGCUUUUUCUGGAGCCUCUUAUUGGAGCAUUUUCAUACAACAACGAUGAGUCUGGACAGAGACAUCUCUUUCAAAGUACCAGCGCAGCCUUCGGUGGUCGCGGCAUAUCAUGGAAAGGCAAGCCGGGCGUGAAUUCGCGGGAGAAGCAGGCGGAUGGGCUGUUUCUUGUCAACCACAAGUGCGAUUGUACUCCGAAUGUAAAGGCCAUGCCUGUGCUCCGCGAAAAGGCGCAGCAAAAGGUCUGGGACCAUACCCAGGAUGUCCUUCGACCGUAUUUGUGA